AUUAUAAAAAAAAAUGGAUCGGUCAAGUAAAAAAGGGUCCAAAAUGGCAUGUUGUUUCCCUGUUAUCCUUGACCGAUCCUUCAGAAGCAGCUUCAAGCUAUCUAAGAGCUCUUCUUCUGAUAAACUCAAUAAAAGCAAGAGCUCUAUAUGUUCACCAACAUCGCUAUCGAUGAAGAAAAAGGAGGUCCAAGAAAACGAUCACCUUGUUGUAUGUUUCGGGGAGUUGUUGAUAGAUUUUGUACCUACAGUAUCUGGAGUUUCACUUGCAGAAGCACCUAGUUUUAAGAAGGCUCCUGGUGGAGCUCCGGCUAAUGUUGCCGUUGGUAUUGCAAGAUUAGGAGGUUCUUCCGCCUUUAUUGGCAAGGUGGGUGCAGAUGAAUUUGGUUACAUGUUAGCUGAUAUAUUAAAAGAGAACCAUGUUGACAAUUCUGGGAUGCGUUUUGACACUCAUGCAAGGACAGCUUUGGCUUUUGUCACAUUGAAAGCAGAUGGUGAGAGAGAAUUUAUGUUUUUCCGUAAUCCAAGUGCUGACAUGCUUCUAACUGAGGCAGAGCUGGACAAAGAUCUCAUUCAAAAGGCAAGAAUAUUUCACUAUGGGUCAAUCUCUUUGAUUGCGGAACCAUGUAGGUCAGCUCAUCUUGCUGCCAUGGAGACUGCUAAAAAAGCAGGCUGCAUUCUCUCUUAUGACCCAAAUCUAAGGUUACCCUUAUGGACAUCCGCUGAGGCUGCUCGUGAAGGAAUUUUAAGAAUUUGGGACCAAGCUGACAUUAUUAAGGUAAGCGAAGAUGAAAUCACAUUCUUGACAAAUGGUGAAGAUGCCUAUGAUGACAAUGUGGUCAUGUCUAAGCUUUUCCACUCUAACCUUAAACUUUUGCUCGUAACCGAAGGCGGAGACGGUUGCAGAUACUAUACUAAGAAUUUUCAUGGGAGAGUGAAUGGAAUUAAAGUCACAGCAGUUGACACCACAGGAGCAGGUGAUGCAUUUGUUGGUGGACUUCUCAACAGUAUGGCCUCAGAUCCAGACAUUUACAUGGAUGAGAAGAAAUUAAGGGAUGCCCUCCUUUUUGCUAAUGGAUGUGGAGCAAUAACUGUAACAGAAAAAGGAGCAAUUCCUGCAUUGCCUACAAAAGAAGCAGUACUUAAAAUCUUGGAUGGUGCCACUGCUAAUUGAUCAAAUCAUCUAUGCACCCCA